GCCACAGUCUCGCCGCUGCGAGGCUCCACUAGCGUCUCGGUUGUCAGAGAGGUGCGUUCAGUGCCCUGCUGCCGUGUGGACAUCUCAGCUCUCUGUUUACUCUCUGUUUGUCCAAAAGUCAUGGAUGAACCAACCGAAGAACAAACAUAGCCUACAGAUUUUUUUCGUUCAGCAUGUCAACUCAGCUCCACUGUGACAAAGAAAGAAAGACAUCACUGCUGUGUUAUAACUCAACCGGAGAGGAAAGGAAAUAUUGACAGGUUGAGCGUCACUUCGGACUGCCAUCAGCACCUAGCAGAGUGGACCUCCACACUUUCACCCUACACCGUCUCCUGUGGUCUGCCUAAUUGAUACGGUGUCAAAAUGUCCUCACAACGGGGAGAUAUUCCAGCACUUGAGUCUGGCACAUCUUCUGGGCUCUUCGGUGCCUUUUCUUGUCCAAUUGGAAUGAACCGGCGCACUGUAAGCUAUGAUGACCUCAUGGAUGCCACCAUGCAUUCGCCACCUUCAGACUUCAACUUUAACAUCUUUUGGAAAGACCCUGUCAUCCCACAGCACAAGUUCAGGAACACUGCAGAGGAAAGAGGGAAUGCUGGGAAGUUGGUGACUUUUGAGGCAGGGGCACCAGUCCAUCCCCAAGUUCCUGUUGUGAAAGCCAAAGCCACCUCUUUGAUGAGCACACUUAUGAUAAAGCAGACCCAGGACAACCUCCAUAGGUUUGAGCACCAAGCAGGGCUCACUGAUGCUGGGUAUUCUCCCCACAAGGGUCUUUCUGCUGAGGAGACUCGCUUUCACCGACUGGGUGACGGCACCUUGCCAAAGUUGAGAAUGCCAACCGGGGACUUCAAGGAGGACAGGUGUACAACAUCAGCACAAUCCACCCCCAGUGUCACCCCUUGUGUCACCCCUUGUGUCAGCCCCUCCGUCACCCCCAGCGUCACCCCCUGUGUAACUCCCCACACAUCACCGGCUGUUAGUCGCAGGAACUGGUUCCAGCUGAGUCCUGCACCUUUUCUUGCCCCACCAGAGCUCACCAGUUCCAACCCCACCACAAACAUGGGAGGAAAUGAGGGAGCAGGAGGAGGAGGAGAGAGGUGGAGCUUCUUUGGAACUCGAUCUGUGGUACAGAAGUCCCCCACUGACCCAGGCUGUGAAACCGGCUCAGGCUUCUCAUUGCAGUCCUACUUCGGCAUGCAGAAGUCCUCCACCAUGGAUAGCACUAAAACCCAGGUCAACUUCAAGGUGGACGACCCUGCCAACUUCAUGCCCCCGAAGAUUGAAAUCUCAGGCCUCGAUGCCAACCGAGCUCCCACACGGCCUCACAAACUGAAACCUCGGGACAUGAAUGUUUUAACACCUUCGGGCUUCUGAAGCCAAACCAGCCGUAUAGUGACACCUCUGUCCUCCUCUGCCUGGGAGCUCCUUUUCUUUUAUUGCCCCCCCCUGCAUUUCACUCUGGCUGAGAGUACUGCAGACCACCCAUAGUAGUAGCUCAUCCGGCCCCUGAGACAUCACCGCACUGUUCCUCCUCUCAACUACUCUGAUGGACUGCCAUCUUCUGUUAUCCCUCACCCCCCCCCCCCCCACCACUUCCUAUCUCUUCAGACUCACUUGUCCAAAUUAAUUAAAGUAACUUCAUUUGUCAUUCCCUAUGAUGGUUUUUCUUUGUAGUAUUAUUAUUGUUAUUCUGUUACGUAAUGGGUGCAUUGGCAUGCAUUGCUUUGCUGUCUUUGUUCCAUUGUCGAUGAUGACAUGAGAUUGAAGUUGUUGACGUAUUUUUUCAGUCCUUUGCUCAAGUUAUUCACUUUAGCAUUGCCUCUGGGGAAAUGAACCAGCUAUUUUAUUCAUAGUGCUCAUUUGCCUCAUUUUGUAUUUUCUUAUGUUAUUUUGAACAAGCUCACAGAUUUGUAGUUGUAGUGCGUUCUCUGUUAGCAUGCAGAGUAUAGUGUGGGAUGACUGAUUUUGUGCUUAAACUUGCAGCAUGUUUGCUUUAUCGAAGUACACUUUUUGUUUUUGUUAUAUCGAAGAACAUAUUAUUUUACCCCGUGAGAGAGUAUGACUGAAGUGAUUUUCUAAUGAUUAUUUCCCCUUAACUCAGUUCAUACAGUUCUUCUUUAAAUCAAUUAUCAUUGUUCAUUCUCAAUAGUAGUGUAAUGGGUUCAUUACAUUUUUCACUUUCAUUACUAUAUUAUUUAACAUGUUGUAAAAAUACAAUACAUAUUUUUUUUUUCUAUCACAAUUCAAGAAUCCCUGCUGUUCUAUUUGAAAAAGAUGUUGAAUUCCAAAAAGUUAUUGCACAAGGGAAAUAGUCCCCUACUUAGAUCUGUAAAUAAAUCUGAUUCAAGCUAAAUUCUUCCUUGUUAUUUUUUCAUGGAAACAUAUACAACAAUAUAAGUACACAGGGCCCUUCGGAGCACCCCAGUCCUUUACUAUAUUAUUAUUAUAUCUAUGUGUAUUAAUAUAUAUGUAUCUGCAGAGUGCACAAUCAUUUGUAUUCCAUGUGAAUACACAACAUCAUGUAUUUCUUUUUGUAAGAAAACAAUGUUUGUGAUAAGCAUUAUGUAGUUGUAUCUUGGAAACAGAACCAAUUUAGUCUCAAACAACAUUAUUUUUGUAAUUAUGUUUAUUAAAAUAAACAACGGCAGAAUAAGAAUUGUGCUUUGAAAAAACGGCCUAAUUAUAUUAAACUGCCGUUUUCUCAAAUUUCAUAUAUUUGCUUUGCUGAAUAACUCAUGGAUGUGAAGUGGACGGCAAUAUAAAAUACUAACACAUUGUGUACCAUUCCUUGGAGUAAAAGUAGCUGCAUUAAUUUGUAAA